AUGGCACCAGUUAAUAUCACAACCACCGUUACUACACAUUGUUACACGGUGCUAAAUGAAGACUGUUGGCUUGUAUCGGUUAUUGUUUGUUUAUGGUUCCUCCCACUGUUGGGAACAGGAUCACAGCUACCAUCAGAAGAGUCAGAUGAUGAAAGUUUCAAUUGUCCCCAUGUGUGCACCUGCAUUUUUGAUGACUACAGUGAAGAACUAAACGUCUACUGCAGCUCUCGGUAUCUUACCAGCAUUCCAAACGAUCUACCAGUCAAUGCUAAAGCUGUUUGGUUUGACUCUAAUAACCUAACAGCUCUUCAAUCCCAUGCCUUCAGAAACAUGUCUAAUCUGGAUUUCUUGAACCUGGAGAAUAGCCACAUAGUUAGUAUUGAGCAACAUGCCUUCUAUGGUUUAAAACUGCUUGCCCAUCUGCAUUUGGAAAGAAACAAAUUGAAAUACUUGGUACCAAAUGCAUUUCUCCACACUCCGUCUCUUGUCUCACUUAGUCUGAACAAUAACAACUUUGGUAAAAUUGAAGACGGGUUGUUUUCUGGCCUUUCUCACCUCUGGUACCUGAAUCUGGGAUGGAAUAAUCUGGCGGUUUUGCCUGCUACAGGCUUUCAUGAUUUACCAAAUUUAAAGGAGCUUAUUUUGGCAGGAAAUAGAUUAACUUAUCUGCAGCCCCAACUGUUUAUAAGUUUGACAGAGCUGAAGGAACUCGAUUUGUCAGGAAAUCUGCUGAGAAUCAUUAAGGGGAACAUCUUUGUGAAGCUGCAAAAGCUUCAGAAGCUUUAUAUGAGUUGUAACCAAAUCAGCACCAUUGUACCAAGGGCUUUCAUGGGAAUGAAAUCCCUCAGAUGGUUAGACUUGUCCCACAAUCGCAUCGCUGCAUUACAUGAAGAAACAUUCGCUGGACUCCUAAACCUCCAUGUGCUUAGGUUGGUCAACAACUCCAUCACAGGGUUAAGACACAAGACAUUCAGAGAACUUCAGUUUCUGGAGGAACUCCAAUUUGGGUACAACAAGAUCAGAAGCCUUUCUGAAAACAUAUUUGAUGGCUUAGUACAGUUGGAAGUCCUCACUCUAAACAACAAUCAGAUUGAGGAAAUCAAACCAGGAGCAUUUGUUGGCCUUCGUGAGGUAGCUGUGCUUAAUCUAUCCAGUAACUCUUUAAAGAAUUUAUCAGAUCGCACAUUUAAAGGUCUUCUUAAUCUUCAUAGCCUGCAUUUAGAAAACAACGCAGUCACCAGAAUUCAACCAAGCACAUUUUCUGGAUUGUCCUGUCUUCGAAGGCUCUUCCUGCAAAACAAUUACAUUUCAGUUAUUGACAAUCAGAGCCUCAGUGACUUGAAAGAGCUUUUGGAACUGGAUUUCAGAUACAACAAACUAACGCAGCUAACUCCUCAGGCUUUCACAGGUGUACCAAGUUUGGAGUUUCUUCUACUAAAGCGCAAUGAACUUCAAUCCAUUUCUGAUACCGCCUUUCAGCCUCUUCAACAUCUCUCGUGGCUUGAUUUAUCAGAGAACUUUAUUGAGUUUUUCUAUAAUCACACUCUUACACCAUUGACCAAGUUAAAGUAUCUGAACCUUAAAGGCAACUCUUUAAGGCAUUUCCCGCAACAGUUUUUGGAGCAGUCAUCACAAUUGGAGCAACUAUUGUUGGAGGGUAACAGUUGGCACUGUGACUGCUUACUCAAGGCACUCAGGAAUUACUGUCUGAAGAAUCCCCAUGUGGUUCCUCGUUAUUUCGAAUCUGCAAUAGAAAGAGAUGGAACUCAUGCCAUCAGGUACACGUACAACAACAUCACAUGUGCAAGCCCACAAACCAUUGCUAAUAUGGAUCUGAGAGACAUCAGUGACGACUAUUUUGGUAACUGCUAA